ACCCACCUCAGUAAUGGAUCCCAAAAAAUUAGGGUUAGCAAAAUCUCAGUUGCAGGGGCAAAACGAGGGGAAUGGCUAAAGGAGCCGAGCAUUCCCGAGCACAGCACAACAUGCGUGCGGGUCCCUGCGAGGGAGGGACCACCGCAUCACUCCGGAUCAAGAGUGGAGGAUUGAAUCAUGGAAGCCGUCGAUACUGUAGUGAGGCCCGUGAAGGACUUCGCCAAGGAUAGCAUUCGCUUGGUCAAGCGGUGCCACAAGCCCGAUCGGCGAGAAUUCUCUAAAGUGGCCAUCAGAACCGCUUUAGGGUUUAUCGUUAUGGGCUUCAUUGGAUUUUUUGUCAAGCUCAUUUUCAUCCCUAUCAACAACAUCAUUGUUGGAUCUGGAUAGUGCAGUGCUUGGUGAGUUUUCUGGUUUGAAAAAGGUUGAAGAUUAGCUCAGUCGAAGGAGUUUCGGGUAUGUUGUUUAUUUGCGUUUUUCUUAACCGCAAAGAACACUCCGAGGGCUACGUAAACAUGGCCAUCUGCACGGCAUAAAUGUGCACCUCAAGGCCUCAAGUUCGUAUGGUUAUGCAGCUCUAUAUGUUUGCUUCAUAGUUUCAUUAAUAUUGGAGUUGAAUUUGCUGUUUCAGAUUUUGCUGGGUCUAAUAUUCAUUAAUAGCAGACACCGAAGAAUUAGGUCACUGUUAUGACCUGGUUUUAGAUUGUUCGAGUGAAAGUUGGCUCUUUCUUGUGCUUGACCACAUUUUCUGGCUCUCUUUCGCUGGAACCUAAAUUACGACCACUGUUUGGCUGCAA